UGGUUCUUUGUUGUUUUAACUUUACCUUUGGUAGUUAAUUGGUUUUUCAAAAUUUCUGGUUUCUUUUUACUUGCCUACUUCCGGAUUAUCUUAUCCUUCAACCCUAUAUACCCAAGUGUCCAUCUCCAUCUUGUUUAAAUAUGACGGAAGUUGAUGAUAUUUCAACUCUCAAUUUAGAUGGUGAUUCCGAUGUGUUAUUAUUAGACGAGCCAAUGUCGACCGAAAAGAAAGAGAUAAAUAAUAUUGAUUUUAGUCAUGAUCAUAACCUUUUUACCUGUGCCACUGAAUCGGGUGUGAAAAUUUAUCAUGCUGAUCCUUUAGUGCUUAGAACUGAGCUUCAUUCAUCUAUGGUUGGUUCCAUUGGUCUUGCUGCAGUUCUUCAUGCUUCAAAUGUAAUCGCUCUGGUUGGUGGUGGAUCGACACCUAAAUUUGCAGAAAAUGCAGUAUUAAUUUGGGAUGAAUGCAAACACGAUUUCAUGCUGGAAUUCACAUUCUCAUCAGCUAUUCUUAAUCUUAAACUUCGCAAGGACAGAUUCAUUGUUGUAGAAAGAAGUAAAAUCCAUGUAUACUCAUUCCCUAAUAAUCCUAAGAAACUGUUCGUUGUAGAGACUGGUGAUAAUCCUCGAGGUCUUUGUGAGGUGAGUCCAUAUACGACGAGUGAACGACAAGUGAUGGUAUUUCCUGGUCAUAAAACGGGCUCUUUACAAGUGAUGGACUUCAAUAUGGCCUCUCCUGGAGCAUCUUCUUCCCCAGUAAAUAUACUUGCCCACCAAGGAGCCAUUGCAUGUAUAGCAUUGAACAAUCAAGGAACCAUGGUAGCCACUGCCUCAUUAAAGGGAACCCUAAUCAGAGUUUAUGAAAUCGAGAAAACGCAAGUUGUUGAGCUUAGACGGGGAAGUGACCCUGCGACCGUUUACUCGAUUGCAUUCAGUCCAGAUUCCGAUUUUCUGGUUACUUCAAGUGAUAAAGGAACUGUGCAUAUAUUUGCUCUUAAAGAUACUCGAUUAAAUCGUAAAUCAGCUUUCUCGAAAAUGGGAGGACUUCUUGGUCAAUACAUCGAAUCACAAUGGGCUCUAACCAAUUUCACGAUUAAAGAUGAUUGUGCCUCCAUUUGCUCAUUUGGACCGAGAAAUAAUGUCUAUGCUGUCUGUGAAAAUGGUUCAUUCCAUCGGUACUCAUUCAAUUCUGAUGGUGUUUGUAAACGAGAAAAUUACGAAAGAUUCAUUGAUCUUCCAAUUGAAACAAGUGACGAUUCUGAAGGACAUGCAGACGUUUAACUAAAUCUCAACAAUUAACUUUCUUCUUAAUUUUACCUUUUUCCUGCUUCCUAAUUGUCCACCAACAAUCAACGAUAAUUGUUUAUUACCUUUUCAAUUUAAAUCAAAAGAAAUGUAUAUUUUAUCAUAACGUCAAAACAAGUUCAGUCUUGAAAUAUCAAUUUUGUCACUGGAAACUUUGAUCAAAUCAAAUUUUAUCUCCAAGACCAUCAACAAUAUAUAAAUUGUUUGAUUCCAAUUGUAAUAAUAAUCAACCAUGAUGAUAAUUAAUACUGUUAAUAUCAUAGUUUCAA